AUUGCCUAUUCUUCUACGAGUACAAGUUUUAGCCACAUCGUUGAGCUGGGAGAUUAUUAAUGACCUUUUUUGCUGGUCCAGUAUCAUCCAUGAUUUGAUCGUGUUCGAACAUGGCAGAUAAGGCAGAAAUCUAUCAUCUCCUCCGCCCUCUCCGACCACCGACGGUGCCGGAAACGAUCCGUGAAGACCAAUACGACUUCAACGUCAGCAGCAGCUUCACGUUCCACGGGAUUCUCUUCAUCGCAUUCAUAGCUCUUCUCUCCCUUUGGGCAAACCAUGAAGCUGCCAAGGGGUUCUCCAUUUCCGUCAUCAACGACGCCGGAGACACGGCCGCCGGAAAACGCUUUGACCUCUUCUAUGUGUCAAACGAUCACGCCACCCGAUUAAUCCUUGAAAGAAGCAAGUUUGUGGAAGAUAUAAUAUCCCACACUCAUACUACAUGUCAUCGUCUUCAACCAAAGAAGGACAAAAUCAAGAACGUCAUCCUCCGGCUAUCGAGCCGGAACUUAACGCGUCCGGCGAUGAUCGAGUCCGGCGAACAGGGAAUAUUCGUUAUUAAUCUAAGUCCUUCAGUUAUGGCCGACAAAAACUUUAAGCAUGCAACGUUUUUAGCAGUGCAACGUGGCAUGGCACUAAUAUGGCUAUGGGAAAGUCAACGAGACGACGACCAGACCAGUCUUAAGGAGAAGGUGAUAGAUGGGGACGCCAGCUUGGAUUGGAUCAUACGUGAUGCUUCUUCCAUUCACCGAUUGUAUGUAUUAUAUCACUUGGGCUCCUAUUGGAGCACGGUUUUCCCAUUAUUUCCACAGUUUAUUCCUCCGACUCCAAAGGCCCAACACCUUCCUUUGGGUUUUCGACGGAUAUGUAAGUGGAUUAAAUGUAUCAAGAGGCACAAGCAAAUGGCAAUAGAAAGAAGAGACGGUAAGUGGGCCGAGUUCUUAUUAGUGUUGAAGAUUAUUCCUCCGACUCCAAAGAUCCUACACCUUACUUUGGGGUUUCGACGAAUAUGUAAGUGGACUAAAUAUAUCAAGAGACACAAGCAAAUGGAAAUAGAAAGAAGAGACAUUGAUGGAUAAUUGAUACCAAUAUCCUAUAAUUUAGGAGAUAUUGAACAAGAAGGAGAAAGAGAUAGUAGUGUAUUAUGAGUGAGUUUGUGACCUAUGUUUACAAGCCUCCUAUAAGGAGUAUAUAUAGAGAAAUCCGGAUUUGGGCAUCUAAUAUGGGCCGAACAGACCCGGUUACAUUAAUG